AAUCUUCAAGUCUAUUUUGUUUUGCUCUACAUCAAGGGUUAAGGUUGCCUGUGAUGCCAUAUGCUGUUGGUGGUGAGGAGAGGAGGGGGAGGUGGAGAGAGAGGGAUGUAGAGAGAGAGAGAGAGAGAAAGAGUGAGAGAGAAAGAGAGAGAGAGAGAGAGAGAAAGAGAGAGAGAGAGAGAGAGAACGAGCAAAGGCAUCAGUUCGCUACGAUCGCAAGGGAAUCAGAAGCGAAAACAGAACGUGGACACAAUGGAUUCUAUAAUAGACGGAUUGUAACUUGAACCAACCUCAGUGAAACACUGUGAGCAAGGGGGAGGAAGACAGAGGAGCUAUGCUGUCACUUCCAAGUCUCAGUGGCUCAGUUUGAUUAACCAUGAUGAAGACUGAACCCCCAUCGGCGGGCAGUGCCAGCUCCACCCUCCGAAGCCCGUCCCCCCACAGGAACGCCUAUGAGGCGGGCAUCCAGGCUCUGAAGCAGGCCCACGACGCCCUGAAUAAUGCCACCAAUGGGGACGAUGCUGCCAAGGACGGCAAGCCGCCCCGGCCUAGCGGCAGGGGCCGCCGCCAGUACGGCUCCAAUGUCCACCGCAUCAAGAACAUGUUCAUGCAGAUGCAGUCGCCAGGCGACGAAGAUGACCCGUCCAAGGCCAAUGACCAGGCGGUGCGGCUGUCCCUGCCCAGGGCCAGCAGCCUCAAUGAGGACGUGAACCACAGCGCCCUGCUCAAGCUGGGCGCCACUGUCUCCGAGCGCGUCAACCGCUUCGACCCCAAGGGCGGCGAAGUCGGCGGGUCCCGAGGGGCCUCAGCGGGGUACUCCAAGCUGCAGGAGACGAGGAAGAUCUUCGAGCAGCGCCAGCUACAGGAGAAGCAGUCGGCCACCAACCGCAUCCUGCUCAAGAAGGAGCGUCCGGUUUCGUCCGCGGUCCAGGACAGCCGGCUGGACGUGGUAGUYCGCUUCAAUGGCAGCACUGAGUCUCUGGACUGCCUGGAUACGGUAGGGGGAGCCGGUGAGGCGGUGUCGCCCACCGUUAGCCAGCUUAGCGCCGUCUUCGAGAAGGGUGACCUGAGGAACAACCUGCACCGGCCCUCCUCCACGUCCCCGUUGCCCUCCCGAGGAGAAAGCCCCACUCCGGCGAAAACAGCGGAAUGCCUAAACUCCAAAAUCAUCGCCAGGAAGGUGCAAGUCUUGCCCCCAGGCAGUCAGGAGGAUGGGAGCAGCCAACCCUUGGACCAGGAGGGUUCCCCCAGAAGCCCCAGGAACAGAGCAGCUCCCCGAAACGACAAAGGCUCCUCAGGAAGUCCACAAACAGGGGACAGGACCUCUUCUGCUUCUACCGAAGCCAAGCCUGAGAGGGAGAGAGGGAAGGAAGCCAGGGGCUCAAGUACCGGAGGCGAGCCUGGCAGGGAACCAAUACCCAGGGACCAGGAGGACUCCUCCACACCCGAGGCAGGAAGCCGGCUGGUGCAGGCCGAGAUUCACGCCUCACUGGAAAAUGGAGAGGCCUCUGGGGGCCCCAGCGACAUGGCAGGGCGGCAGGUGAGAGAGAGGAGCCACAGGGAGGAGCCAAGGGAGGGGCCCCAAUGUGAGGGACAGGAAGAGGAUGGCCUGGAGGAGGAGUCUCGUAAGGAUGAUUACUCGGAGGGCGACCUGGUGGACAUCAGCGCAUACAGCGGCAUCGGAGAGGACUCCGGCGGCAGCCAGCUGGAUGAGGAUGAGGAGGAGGAAGAUGAGCCCUACGAGCCAGAGUCGAGCUGCUCUGAGAUCCCGGGACUGCCUGCCGAGGAGGAAGCACCGCCGGAGAACAGGAAGAUCUGCUUUAGCACUGGACCAAUAAAGGUGGUUGAAGUUCUGCAUCAAGCCCACCCUCUUCUGCUAAAAAGCAGCCUCCUGUUCCUCAAAGUUUCGGUCAAGCUGAAGAACGUGUGCAAGGGCUGGCAGGAGAAUGUGUAA